CAGCUUCCAUUUCAUACCCAGGGAAGAUAGCCUUGAGGAGUUCUUGCUUCAACAGUGUUUGAACGGAACUUCUUCAUUCAUCCCGCUUUUUUUCCAUCAUCUGCACUGCCUUGCGAAAACUAACAACCUUUAAUACUUGAACACUACAGAAGAAGUCGACGUAGAGCUCUAUUUUUGUACCGUUUUGUUAAGAAAAAGCACAAGAAACGCCGGCCAAAAUGGAGUCCCAAGUGCGUCAGAACUACCACCGCGAGUGCGAGGCCGCCAUCAACCGGAUGGUCAACAUGGAGCUGUUUGCCUCUUACACCUACACUUCUAUGGCCUUUUACUUCUCCCGUGACGAUGUGGCCCUUCCAGGCUUCUCCCACUUCUUCAAGGAGAACAGCGACGAAGAGAGGGAGCAUGCCGAUAAGCUGCUGUCCUUCCAGAACAAGAGAGGAGGACGCAUCUUCCUCCAGGACAUCAAGAAACCAGAACGUGAUGAGUGGGGCACCGGGCUGGAGGCCAUGCAGUGCGCUCUGCAGCUGGAGAAGUCUGUCAACCAGGCUCUGCUGGACCUUCACAAGCUGGCCUCACAGCAUGGAGACCCUCAUCUGUGUGACUUCCUGGAGACCCACUACCUGAACGAGCAGGUGGAGGCCAUCAAGAAGCUGGGUGACUACAUCAGCAACCUCACCCGUAUGGAUGCCCAAACCAACAGGAUGGCAGAGUACCUGUUUGACAAGCACUCCCUGGGGGGCAAGAGCUAAAUGCAACAGCUCAGGAUUGAGCCUGGAUUGAAAAUCUUAACACAGGCUUUAACCAAACGCACCCUUCUGCUCUAGCUGUUCACUCACCAAGCAUGAUCAGUAUCUAAUCUGUUUUAACCUAUAAGGUUGACAAGUGCUCGCACGACGUGGUGGUCUAUCUGCUUUUAAAUGUCAUAUUGAAAGAUGAAUGUUGUUAGGUUAUGGCUUUGCCGUCAUUACCUAUAAGCCUCUUCUUGUGACAUUUUUAACAAAGAUUGUGACUGAAUGUCUUUCAUCUGUUAAUCUAAAUAAACAUUUUGAGCUGGA